CAUUGUUCCUCUUGCUCCUUACUAGCCUGACUCAAAUAUGGUCACUUCUGGUCCCAUCUUCAGGCGCCCCCAAAUGCAGAAUCUAUCGUCCCUGUUGCACUGGUUCCAAAUUGUUAUGAAUGCAGCUAGCGACAGCCCCCACUUGUCAGCGGUCGUGGUCGCUGUACCCAAAACCUGAAAAACCUACCCACAAGAAACGAGAGGAAACCUUCCCCGACUCUGAGCUGAGUCAGGGAGCUGCCAGCUUCGUCUGGUGGGUUUCGUUCAGGGUUUUGGGGUGGUGGUGGAGAGCUGGUGUAAGCGAAGGUGGAUGUACUAUAGUAUACUGUCAUCUAAACUGGUCUUCUCGGCGUCUCUGCCCGUGACUCCACAGCUACUGAGUUCAGGUGUUCCCAAUUCCACAAUCAACAGGUCUUCAUACAAAGUGACAGGAAAUGACGUCUCCUCGUCGACCUGCGUCGCUGGGAUUUGUAGUCCUUAUUCCCCCAGGGUUCACCCGACAAACGCAUAUUUUCAACACCACCGCUGCUGCACCGCUGAUUAACCAGCUCAUCGUUACAGGGAAAAGAAAAUGAAGAAAGAAAAUGACAAUAUCAGUAAAGUGUGUGUCAUCCUUCACUCUUAUCUCCUCACAGGUCAAAAAUAAAUCUUUACAAAGAAAGAGAAACAGUUACCCAACAACAUCCCAUAAGCUAAUGGGUUACAUCAUAAUAACUACAUAGAAGUAACGUAUUAUCACAUGAUAUAUAUAUUGAGAGCUCAGGGUUGAUCAUGAACUUCAUGAGAAGGGUGUGAACCCUGAACCAGCCCUCUGACCUCCAGCAGAACUAUGAAUGAAGGCAGGACUAAAUAUGCAGAAGUUCUUGUACAAAAGGAUAAACUUACUUCACUUCUCCAAUCUGUGUGAGUCACAGCAGUUCAAGAAACUGAGAGUAGAAGUUGCAUCAGGAUAAAAAACAAGUGUUAGCAGAAGGUAGUGAUGAAAUAAAAAGCACAAAAAUAAAUAUCUGAUUUCUUUAGAAAAGAGACUAAACACAACUCACCUACUCUCUUCCAGUAGCCAAUCCAUUAUGGACUACAGUGGGGUGACACAGCUCAAGGAAGAACAUUUAUGAUCAUUUCCUUGAAGUUAUAAUCACCAUAUUAAUCAUUUUCCACUGCAGACACGGUAGUUUCCUCUGCCUUAGCGUCUCGGUCUGAUUGUAUUUCCAUGAAGAAAUGAUCAUAAAUGUUCUUCCUUGAGCUGCGAAACUCCGCUGCACUCAGGAGCACUGCUGGAAGAGAGUAGGUGAGUUUUGUUUAGUCUCUUUGCUAAAGAAAUGAGUCAAAGUUAAAAAGAUUUUUGGUGGCUAGUACUAUGUCUGUGACCCUAUAUGUCCUGUUGAUGAAGUUAGGUGCUGUUCUGAGCAUUAUUUGUGGCUAUAGAGUGGCGUUUUGGUUGAGGUUCGUUUAUGGCUCCUCAGACCGCUGUGUAUUGCUAUCGUGCGGUCAUUACUAAAGUUGGAAUAACCCUUUAACAUUAGUUUUCAUGUGUUCCACCUGUACCUGAGUCAGUGAGGCUGCUACAAACACAUGUCUAAAAGUAAAAGUGACAGCUGUAGUUGUAAAAGUUCAUUAUCAGGUCAGUUUUACAGCCGCAGUGAAAACAGGCUGUAGUAUUUAGGGAGUGAAGUGUUCCAUUCAUCUGUGGAAACAAAGGUCAGCGCAUUAAACUACCGGACCAUAACAGUACACUUCUUAGUCAUCAAACUAUUAAUAAUAAACUGGGACUCAGAACUGUGGAAGAUUUUACUCUCCCACACACACACACACACACACACACACCUGACCGCUGAGGAGAGCCAAGUGUGUGAAUGAGGAUCAGGAUGGCCGCUGUCACAUGACUGCGUUUGUGCGUAAUCUCCUUCAGACUGGGAGGUCCGCUUUGAAGCUCGUCUUACACCCUGAUCCGGAGUGACACACAUGAGGGAUACGAUGAGGCCGCUUUGUCUCAAGUUCCUCUGAAGGAUGUCACCUGAACCUGACUGUGAGACAUGAUCCAUGGAAACUAAAGUACGACUCGUACAUUUGUAAGGAAGUAAAGAGGAGAGACCUAAAGUAGUGCUGAGUGUGGAUCCACUUUGGAUGAAUGGGGGAUGACAUAAAACAAAGACUUCAAAUCUUAUAUCUGAUGUGAACCUCUCUCAUGACUCACAGUACCGUCAUGUGAAACAUUUAGAGGUUUAAAUCAUCAUCUGGAUGCUUAAAUGUUCCCUAAUAAUCAAAAGUAUUUCUAAACAUCACAAGGUUUUGUCUCUGCGCCUCAUUUUUUACCAUUUUAGGGACUUUAAAGUAAGAAUUAAUCAAAUGUGUGAUUGUAAUCCAGCAGAAAAGGCUCUCUGUAGUUUUCCAGGGUCUCUGGGUCACCGCUCUGUUUGUAUACAAACCUCUCGCUGCUGUGCGUAAAGAGUCUCCUCCUCCCCACCACCCACUCGGGACAGCUCAGACUCCACCCCUCCUCCCUCCUCCUCUCUGCCUCUCUUCCCCUCCUCCCUGUAGGUCCAGGCUGAUGCAAUGCUCAUCUUUAUAAAAGGGUGAGUCCCUACCCCUCCUCUAGCAGAUUUGGGUCUUCCCUCCGAGCGCGCCGCAUCUUCUUGGAAUUUUUUGAUUUUAUCUCCGAAUAAACGAAAUUCUCGUGAUUUUGACGCGUGGUUCGGUUCGUUCUUAGACUGUUUUUAUUUAUUUCUCGAGCUGUUACAGCUGGCGUUUUGACUCAGACUCCGUUUGGUGAAAAGGCGUCUCCAGUCGUUUUUUCUUGAAUUUCUUAAAAUUGAACCAAAUAUUCACUCAAGGAUCAGACGGAUUUUGUGAAGGAAUCGUCCGGAACUUUCUGUGUUUUCUUUGUGUCUGAGAGGAUUUGACAGGCAUCCUGCCAUUCUUCACAAGGUAAGACUGCCGGCAUCAUCUCAUUUACAUCUGUGACAGAAUAUGUGGGCGGCUCAACCUAUUAGAGAUCAUUUUAAACCUUUUAAAUGGCAACAUCUCACAUCUUUUAAUUCUUCUUUUCCCCACAACUGCUUUAAUAUCUAUCUUUACUCCUAAUUUUGAACUUCAUUCAAUCAAAAGUAGACGCGUUUCCUGGAAGUUUGGACUAAUUAGCCAAUAAUACUUCCAUUUCCUUUACUGUCAGCCAUGUUAUAUCUGUGAGUUUCUGUUGUUAAAACCCUGAAUUUGCCUCUCGGAGAGGCCUGAGGCUUUCCUUCUCACCAGGUCAGCCCUGCUACAAAUAAAUAAAUAAUGCGUGACAGUGAUGCUGCAGUGCCGGACUCGUGUCUGGACGUGGAUGUGGGCUGUGUCACUGCCACACGGAUAAUGAAAGAUGAGCUGAGAAGGAAAAGUCAGUUCGUACAAAACCUGUUUCUCUGCGUGCGUAAUUUGAAAAGCCCGUAAUCAUAAUCUGACGGUGAUUCAGAGCGCGAGCCUCUGCGCAAAAUGGAAGAGCCAUGCCCAUAACGAGACAACACGUGCCAUUGUUUCCAUCGGAGCCGGCCAAGGAAAUAAUGUCAUUAAAUGCAUCUGGACUGAGGCCUCGCGCUCUCUCUCUUUGUGGAUCUACAUGCGCGUAAAUCUCAGCCGAGAGGAAAAGAUCAGAUUUGAUCAGAAUGUCAUUUUAGGGAAACAAACGUGGAGUUUGAUCUUAUUUAUAAACCUCUGCUUUAAAAUGAACUAACAGCUGAUUUAAAUGUGGAAAAAGGCGCUGACACUCCCCGAUUAAAUGACACUUUUCAGAUGAUUCGUGCGCAAAGAGAGAACGAGUCUACUGCGGCUUUUUGUCAUUCAGCGGGGCUGAGGUGAUGUCGGGUGGACUCGGGUGCCGGUCUAGUAUUUUUCCACUGCCGGUGCGUCACCCCCCCCUCCCAUCCACCACCCCCCCUCCUCCUCCUCCUCUCCUCUUUCUCUCUCCCUCCGCCUCUUUUCAAAAGCGAAGUCACAUGACUCUAGAGCAGCGCUGCGGCGCGCACCCGCUCACUCCAAUAUUGAUUAUUCUGAAGGCAGUGAGAGCGCGCAGAGCAAGAACUACUGAGAAAAAAAAAAAAGAGAGAGUGGCGUAAUAAGAUGACGCAGGGAGCAGGAAUGCGUAAAAACGAUCAAAGGUUGAUAACUCUCCCUCUGUUUUCUGCUCUGUGAUGUCCAGUAUGAAACAACCUACUGCCAAAACAGAGAUGAGUCGUUUCAACAUCUCCCCUGAGGAGGACAGCAGCAGCACCAACAGCAAUGACUACACCUACCCAGACUGCCCCAAGAAGGUCCCACUGGGCGGGUGAGUCUGCUUUUCAAACUUGAACCUGCUGAAGACAAAAAUAAAUCUUAAGAAUAUAAAGAAGAAACUAAAAUUUCUCCUUUUUUCUCUUCCUCUAAUAAAGCCAAUACUCUGACAACGACGCAGAGAGUCAAAACUUCCUCCCUGAACACAACCUGGGCAAGAAGAAGUAUGAGACGGAAUAUGUAAGAGCUCCUAAUCCUCAUCCUCAUCGACACAAAAUCUUCAUCUUCAUCUUUUCUGUGAUGUGGCUCUAACUAACUCUCUUUCCUCCACAGCACCAGGGAAAUGCCUCCUUUGGUAUGUCUGUCUUCAACCUGGGCAACGCCAUCAUGGGCAGCGGCAUCCUGGGUCUGUCCUACGCCAUGGCCAACACUGGAAUUGCCCUGUUUGUGUAAGUGACGCCUUCAUUCAUUCAUUCAUUCAUUUGAAGGUAGAAAACAGACGUUAAAGAAACUGCACAUCACCUUCAGAUUCGAGUGUUCUUAUCUGACAGACGGAGAGUUUUGUUUCAUAAUGAUCCCAAAGCUGCAGGUGGGAUUUUGUCUGCUGUGUCAAGGUUGCGUGUCAGGGUGUACUCAGCGCUGCUCUUUUCCCCGCCAGCUGUGUUUUUGUGUGUUCACUCCACAGCCGGCUGACCCUGAGCAGCAGCAGAUUACUCACGGGGUUGAAAGUUUACCCCUCGGUACUCGCUGCCGUGUUUGCAGUAGAUAAAACCGAAGACGGUUUUCAUUUUUGGUGGGAAAAAAAAAAAGCAAAUGAUGUUUUUUUUAACGCAGCUCCAUCUACUGGAUAUGUGAUGCAGCUUUCAAUUAGAGAAGCGAAGAAAUGUAGAUUAUGUUCAGAAGAUUUAGAGCAGUUUGUUCCUCGAAAUCCAAUCGAAGAAAUGCUGAGGAGGCCAAAGGUUUUACUACUUUCCUCCAAUCAGCUUAGGAGCAGUAAUCCAGAGCGGAGAGACGGCUAUUCAGGGUUUCCUCUGUCAAAUAAAUGAGAGUAAGUUCCUCUAUCUUCUACUUAAGCUGGCAGAAAAUGGCAGUUGUAGAUGUCACUUCACUAGAGCAGGGAGUGGCAUGAGGAAGCAGCUUAGCCGAGCUAAUCCUGCUGCAUUUGGGCCAGAGUUGCGUAAACAGAGAGUUAACCUACGCUCAUGAAUGGGCCGCACAGCGUGGCUUACCGACACCGAGGUGAGGCCUACAUUCGCAGGAAGUUCAAGGAUUGCGACACUCUUGUUUGCUGUCUGGUGCCCGGCAGUCACGGCUGUACAUCAGGCGAAGUUACCUUCCUGCAGAAGAACACAACUUGACUCUGCAUUAAAGGUCAUCUACUGCAUAUAUUUGUCGUCUCAGAGUGUGCGGACUGAUAAGAUACGAUGAUGGUCACAUGUGCAGGUCUCAGAUGUCCUGGAGAUUAAUGUUCUCCUGGACUUAGAGUCCUGAGAUGCACAGUGCUGGCUCUGCAGCCUGGAAAGGUUGCUAAGAGGAUCUGUACUGGGAAAACCUUUCGUCCUCUGCAGCCCUGCUGAUGCUGCCUGUGCCUCAGCGAAACCUGCAGACCGGUGAUGCAUUCAAGGUCUGUGCUGAUCAGGCAGGGGAAAGCAGGGAAGUGCAGCAGAGUCUCAGGGUAAUAAAACUCCUGCACGGUCAGAACUUUAGGAGGAUUUUCCAGCGUUUACAAAUGUGUGGAGAAGAUGUCGAUAUGUUUGUUUACCACCAUCCGGAUGGUACACUGGUCAUUGAUUCACAUCAGGCGUCCAUCCACACCAGUUUCCAGUUGUUCAAAUAUCCGUCUCCUCUCUUUGCAGGAUCCUUCUCGUGGCCGUCGCCAUCUUCUCCUUAUAUUCUGUCCACUUGCUACUGAAAACCGCCAAUGAAGGAGGUGAGUCUGUGGAAUUAAAACUCUUCGCCAUCGUCAUUGUGAAGUCUUCUUUUCUAAUUCGACUAAAUCUCAUUUUUGUCUUCGUCACAGGCGCGCUGGUGUACGAGCAGCUCGGCUACAAAGCCUUCGGGAUGCCAGGAAAGCUCGCCGCUUCCUGCUCGAUCACCAUGCAGAACAUUGGAGGUGAGUGGAACAUUUUUAGCAACAAACACACUUUAUUUUUACGUGUUAUGUAACAGAAAUCAAACUACGUCUCUAUAAAUACCCUCCAUGAGUAAAACACCGUCUUUAAACUAAAAAAAAGAAGAAAUCUUGGAUAGAAACGAGCGUGUCUGUGCGUCUGUUAGUUAUUGGAAGUUGGAGAAGCUUCCAGUAAAACUUGAGUCACUCCACGAGCAUGUGUUACAUUUUUUCUUCUCCCUCUGGAAAAAGUCAAACUUAGACAUCAGUGUGUUUCGUAAUGGAGUUCCCUUUACGGACACGACUCUGGAAAAAACUCUAAACGCAGCUUCUGUCUCCACAGCCAUGUCCAGCUACCUCUACAUCGUCAAAUACGAGCUGCCCAUCGUCAUCCAGGCUUUUACUGGAUCCAGUAACGGGUGAGUUCCUGAAUAUUUUACUGCUUCCCCAAAAAAAACAGGCCCUGAAAGAGUCAAACAAAGGUGUCUCUGUACACAUCCCCAACAGUCAGACUGGUUUUUGAAGGCGGCUGGUCUUUAAAGGAGCCCUGGAGGAGUUUCUUGUAAACAAACAAAAGCUUUAUUUACAGAACAUUAAACACAUUACACAAUCUCCCAAACAGAACAGGCAGCUAACCAACAGGAUGCUCCGAUUAGAGACGCAUAAUAAGCAACGCUUCAUGUUUGUCGAGAAGGAAAACGGACUUAAAGGAACUUUUGUUUUGGAGCUAUUUCAUCGCCCCCUGUAGACAAAAGUGUGUACCUCUUAUCCGGCCAACUGUAUAAGAAAUGGUGGCUCCGGCUAACUUAAUAAUAAUAAUCAUAAAUUUUAUUUAUAACGCGCUUUUACAGGUGCUCAAAGACGCCUUACGAAGAAAAAAAAGAGAGUAAAAUGAAAAAACACAAUUUAAGUUACGGAAAACCAACGAUGUAAAAGGAUAAAAAAGACACAAUAUGAGAAAACAGCUCACAGGUUAAAAGCCAUUUUAAAGGUGUGUUUAAAAAGGUGUGUUUUUAAAAGUGUGGGGGUCUGUACAGUCUAGGACCGAGAAGGCUCUGUCCCCCCAAGUUCGGUGCUCCCUGACUUGAUGCUAAUUAUUUAAAAACUCAGCGUUUUGUUACUAAAAUACAAGUUAGAAAAAGAAAUGGACCCAUGAGCUGUUAAAUGUUUCCUAUACGAGGCUGAAAACAUGUUAAAUUUGCUCUCUGCUCUUAUCGGCUCUCUGCAGCUUUUAGAACAAGCCCCAAGUGGACAUUUGAGGAACUGCAGUAUUUGUUUUAAUCGUGAUCUAAAUCUGUCAGAUUUACGUCAAAAACAGCUGAUCAGAUAUUAGUAUCGGUGAAAAUCUACAUUCAAAUGAUGCGCUUGAAUGAGAGGUUGCUUCAAGUCCGGUCUCUCUGCAUUAUCUGUCAUUUUUGCUGGAUUUUGUUCAUAUUUUUGUACGACUCUUCUGUGAAUAGUAGAUGACUUUUAGAGACGACAGACAACUGAAUCGUCUGUUCUUCCUAUUCUUCUUAUUCUUAGUAACUGAGGUCGACCAAGACGGUGAAUAAACAGUGAAGAUAGAAAGUUCUGUGUUUGUAUUUUUAUUCUAGUUAGAAAUAAAUGGAAACAGACGUUUGAGAUGAGGUGUAGAGAGAAGGACAGGAGCGACAGCUGCGGAGGCACUUGAGGUGAAGAGGCACACGCAGCAAAAUGGCUGCUGGUUGUUUUUCAAGUGUCUUGAGGAGCGACGGAGGAAGUGUGUGUGUGUGUGUGUGGAGGGGUUAUGUGUGUGUGUGUGUUUGUGGACAGUGCCGAGUCCUUUUCAAAGAGCCCUUUUAGGAGACGCAGCCGCUGGUGCCGCAUCGAGACAGAGCCCUGGAUGAGCUCACCGCGACCUCGCCUCUAGUUUUAAAAAUUGAUGCAGUUCUCCUCCUCCUCCUCCUCCUCCUCCUCCUCCUCCUCCUCAGUGCCGCUUUUGUUGCGUCUGUUUGUGAGGGCGAUGCAGUCAGAGAGACGCUGGUGAAGACACGUCAGAGAGGGAGAUGAAGAUUUAGAUCAAAAGACAUGAAAGCAGAUUUAUAUGAUGUUUGUGCGAAGAGGAGUCGGUGAUGGAAACUCAGCGUGUCAGCUGUCUGAUGGUGUGUGUGAUCAAAGUUAAUGUACAGAAGUGAAGAGAAAACAAACAGAGAGGAGUUUUUAUCCUGCUAUGAAACAGACUGAAAUUAUUCACUGCAUGCUUUAAAAACAUCCAGAGAAAUGAUAAAUCGUUUUGUCCACAGGGGGCGCCAAAUUAGACACUAUCUUAAAGUUCCUUACUGCAGCUUUAAAGUAGAUGACAACAAUCGGAGUGCACACUUUAAUUUAGAUUUACGCUUUAAUGCCUGAAAACACAAAUUAUGGCCAGAAAAUUCUCAUUUUUUUGGCGCUGAAAUAUUUAUUUUACUUCCUACUGAAAACCAAAACAAUCGAAAUCAAUAUUUAUUUAUCUCGUUUGACACAUUAGAUGUUUUUGGAAACUGAUAAACCACAAGAGGACAUUUUUAUCAUUUAUCAGACUGUUUUUUUAGUAAUUUGUAAAAGUCUAACGGGUUAUUUUUUUUCUUGUCUUGCAGAGAAUGGUACACAAACGGAGACUACCUGGUCCUGAUCGUGUCGCUCGUCAUUAUCCUGCCCCUGUCGCUGCUAAGAAACUUGGGUAAGUAGUGUGUGUGUGAGCGAGUGAGUGUGUGUGUGUGUGUGUGUGUGUGUGUGUGUGUGUGUGUGUGUGAGAUGUAUUUCUAUUUAAGGGUGUUUGAGGAUUAGUAGUUCGUGCAUGACUGCGUGCAUGACCCAAAAAGUAUAUAAAAGCCUAAAAUAGAAACCCAGGGUCUCAUGUUUGUGUUUGGCUCCUCCCCCCUCAGGUUACCUUGGUUACACCAGUGGUCUGUCUCUGCUCUGCAUGGUGUUCUUUCUGAUUGUGGUGAGUAAAACUCUCCUGUUUCCUCAUUAGUCACUCACCAGAUGAGUGUUAGUCAGACAACAAAACAAACGUCUGAAUCUGAAGAUGUCCGAUCACGUUUGAGCGUCAGUCUUCAGGCGUGAAUUUAAAGAUCACAGAUGUUAGGAUUGACUGAUUAUCGGCUCUCGUCACCCUGCAGGUGAUCAUCAAGAAGUUCCAGAUCCCGUGCCCUCUGCCGGAGGACGUCGACGCCCUGAGCGAAAACAUCAGCAAAAUCCUGAACACCUCUCUGUCCCAGCUGAACACCACCGCCGUGGAUUACAGCGAGGACGCCUGCACGCCGAAAUACUUUGUCUUCAACUCUCAGGUAAAACUCUCUGAACCAACAAAAGAAGAAUCAAACGAACUUUAGCGUCUUUAUUCGGGACUAACUCAGGAUUCGUUUUCCUUCUCCAGACCGUUUACGCCGUUCCCAUCCUGACCUUCGCUUUCGUUUGCCACCCGGCGAUCCUUCCCAUGUACGAGGAGCUCAAAGAGUGAGUGCGCUCUCCUUUUCUCACCAAACCACAAACCGCAACUGUUUCCUUUUUAUAAAGAACGGAAACUAAAUGUCACGUCUUCUUUUCCCCCCACAUGAACAGCCGCUCCCGCAGCAAAAUGCAAGGUGUCGCUAACGUGUCCUUCCUGGCCAUGUUCGUCAUGUACCUGCUGGCCGCUCUCUUUGGAUAUCUGACCUUCAACGGUGAGCAUUCUUCUUCAAAAGUUGAAUUUUCUCCGGUUUGGUUUACGGCCAGUCGAUGUCCUUUGGUGUCAGGUCAGAUCAAUCAUUUAAGAAGCUUCCGGGUUCCAAAUUAAACACCCCUCCUGGAACAAAGUGCGCAGAUCCGUUAUGUAACACUGCGAACAAAACCACCUGCUGCAGCCGACCAGCGCGGCACCACGUUAAUGUUUGUGUUUGUCGUUGGGGGGGACGUUCCAGGAACGUUAUACAAGAGCGAGAUAGUGAGUCCGUGACGCCGUCGUAUCCGGAUUAAACCAGAUCUGGUGUUGUGUUUGGAGGAGAUUGAGAAAUCGACAUCGUGUUUGUUCUGACCUACUUGGCGUAGAGAUAAAACAAACAGAUCCUUUAAUGAUGAUUUCCUUUUUCUUUCUCUACAGUCCACGUCGAACCCGAGCUGCUGCACACUUACUCCAAAGUCUACAAGUCCGAUGUGAUCCUGCUGAUCGUCCGUCUGGCCGUGCUCGCUGCCGUCACGCUCACCGUCCCCGUGGUGCUCUUCCCUGUAAGUGAUCGAACUCACUCCUGAUCAGUCCUGUCCAAAGAUUUAAGCCGAUCACGUUGGAUAACCUCUUUUUUUCGCCUUCCUGUAGAUCCGUACCUCUGUCAACCAGCUCCUGUGCGCCUCGAAGGAAUUCAGCUGGAUCCGCCACACCAUCAUCACCGUCGUCCUGCUGGCCGGCACCAACGUCCUGGUCAUCUUUGUGCCCACCAUCAGGGACAUCUUUGGCUUCAUCGGUGGGUGGAUCUUCGUGGAUUAACUCGCCAUCAACAGCGUCUGAUUUGAACGCGUCUAUAACCCGAACUUUCUCUCUCUUUUAUCAGGUGCUUCUGCUGCUGCUAUGCUCAUCUUCAUCCUGCCCUCGGCUUUCUACAUCAAGCUGGUCAAGAAGGAGUCCAUGAGGUCCGUGCAGAAGAUUGGGGUAAGGAAUGACUUCUUGAAUCUUCAAACACGAUGAACGGUGUUGAUUUUCCAGUCGACUAAACGUGACGUCUUCCUCCUCCCCUCUAGGCGACCGCUUUCCUGCUGUGUGGUUUCAUCGUCAUGAUCGGCAGCAUGAGCCUCAUCAUCCUGGACUGGAUACACAACGCCACCUCCGGGUCAGACGCACACGCCGACGGUCACUAAAAGCCCCGCCUCUGCUGCUGCUGCGUCCCGGACUGCUACAACCAACGAAGAUCGUGAAACCAAGAAAAACACAAGAACUCACUUGAUGCUCGGCUUUAACGUCCUGAGCGACAAACCAUGCCAUUCCAAGAGAAUGUAUCUGAACUUUGUACAGUAUGCUGUUAUAGACCACAAAGAUGGUGUUUGACUUCUUUUCUCUCUUUUUAUCGUAACUUUUUUUCGCGCGUUUUUAUUUUUUUAUGUUCUUUCGUAGUGACGGUACAGCUUAAAACAAAUAUUUGAAGGUGCCUCAAUCGUAGAAGAAGAAGUAGAGUUGGGAGAGCUCGGCGUGACGAAACCCCGCAAGAGGAAAGAUCGGCAAAAAGACUUGAACGUUUCAUCCUCCUCAAAGAUAAGGACACUUGAGUUCCUUCCAGCUUUUUUUCGUUUUUCGUUCUUCCUUUUUUACUUUGCCAAAAACGUAUUUGUAAAGCAUCUUUGUAUAUUUAAAAGCACUUACUGUUCAGCACACGUGUGAAGAAAAAAAAACAGAUUGUCAGUUUUCACAGGCGAGGCCGACCGCGCCGCCUUCUCAGUAUUCGUACCGAGGUUUCGCCACCUUGCUUAUAGUGUCAGCUUUUCCUUGUUAAACGUAGUGAAAAAACAACAGAACCUGCCUUUUUGAACCCGACACUGGGAGCUGCAGAGUUCCUCUCAAAGAGGACUCUCCUGAAACUGUAUUUACUCUUUAUAACCUGCUGAAGAAGAUCUCGAUGGGAUAGCGCGCGCAGCGACGACACUACUGCUUCGAGAGUUUCGCCUCCCCCCUCCAGGGCCGUGGGAAACUUAAAGAUUUUUUCUUUAUGGGAGAAUACUUUGAAUCUGACCACAUGCAGUGGUUGUAAUGUACCUGUUAAACUUGCAGAAACUGAAAACUUAGACGUCAGGUGUGCUCUUAGACGCCCGUCAAACCAAACGGCAACGGAGAAAAGCGACGGAGGGCGUCUGUCACAGUGUUUUGAGUGUUUUUACAUGUGGUCGCGCAGUUUCACGACGAAGAACGCGUUCACUCGCUCGCUCACUCGGUGACGAGGCGUGAACCGUUCAUCUUGACGGUGUCACUGUGCUUCCAACACUAACUCAACAUGUCACCAAACUGUUAUUGUCCAACAUCUAUUUAUGGAAGAUCGUGAAAUCAAUGUAAUUUAAUCUAUUUUACUAUAUUUAUAUAAUAUUGUAUGUAUAUAUACGUGUAUAUAUAUCUAUUGAGUUGACCUGUAUAUAUGCUUUGUUUGUUUUUUUUUUACAAUAAUGCAUUGGAGCUGUAAAACAAAACCAACCCAAGCUGGUGAAUUUGUGAUAUUGAAAUCGGCUCCGGCACACUGGAGCUUCAGCUGUUCAUCUCUGCUAAGACUGACUGAAUUGUCCUACUGUGUUGAUUCUGUGAGAUCCGUGUUACAUGUGGAAGCCACUGACUCAGCGGCAGCAGUCUCGUCUUCUUUUUUGGCCCCUGAACACACAAACCGGAUCAGCGAAAUGGUCUUGAUAACGCACACAUGUGGGUUGGAGAGUACGUCAGCCAUCUCUUGACCUCAGGAGCAAAGAGGACUUUUGCCCGCCAGUGUUACACUCUUGUUUCAAUGAAACACUAUGUAUAUUGUGUAAAUAAUGUCCAAAUAAAAUCAAAGAUAAUCUAUAUAGCGUAGA